AUGGUUUCGACGACUCCGCUGCUGGAGGGGGAGGAGGGAGGAGGGGUGUGGGAGAGAUGGGGGAGGAGCGAGGCGGCGGAGGCGAAGCAUCAGGUGGUGUUCUCGGUGCCGAUGAUUUUGACGAACGUGGCGUAUUACUGCAUCCCGCUCGUCUCCGUAAUGUUCGCCGGCCACCUGGGCAAUCUCGAGCUCGCUGGAUCCACCCUCGCCAACUCCUGGGCCACCGUCACCGGCUUUACCCUCGUGGUAUCCUCUCCUUUCUCUCUCUCUCUCUCUCUCGACCUGUCGAUCUCUCUCUAAUUUGCGACUCUUGUUCCUUCAUCUCACUAAGAUCGAUCCCUCAUUCAUCCCACCUUCUCUCUAGAAUCAGUUACUUCCUCUCAUCCGUGGGCUUCAUCUCGUCAUCUCUCCCCCCCUGCGAUCUCUCUCUCUCUCUCUCGCCCCCUCCUAAUCCGUGUGGUUUAUCUCGUCAUGUCUAUAGCUCGACGAUCUCUCUCUCUCUCUCUCUCUCUCUCUCUCUCUCAUCUGCAACUGUUGUUCGUUCAUCCCUCUAAGAUCCAUCCGUCAUCACUCCCAUCUUCUCCGUCGAAUCAUUCCCUCCCAUCCGUGCUCUUCAUCUCGUCAUCUAUCUAACCCUAUGAUCUCUCUCACUCUCGCCCCCUCCUAAUCUGUGCGUGUUAUCUCGUCAAAUCUCUAGCGGUCCAAUUUCUCUCUCUGUCUCUCUCAUUUGCGACUGUUGUUCCCUCAUACCUCUAAGAUUCGUUCCUCAUUUCUCCCCCCUUUCUCUCUAGAAUCACUCCCUCCCUCUCAUCCCUGCACUUCAUCUCGCCAUCUCUCUAACCCAACGAUGCCUGUCAAUCUCUCUCUCUCCCUCUCCUAAUCCGUGUCUGUUGCCUCGUCAUGUCUCUCUCUCUCUCUCUAAUCUGCGACUAUUUUUACUUCAUCCCACCAAGAUCCAUCCCUCAUCACUUCCCCCUUCUCUCUAUAAUCACUCCCUCUCAUCCGUGCGAUUCAUCUUGUCAUCUCUCUAACCCUAUGAACACGUGGGAUUAGAAACGGGCCCACUCUUACUGGCCGGGCCGGUUCUUCAUCACUGAAGUUAAACACGUUCGCAAAAACUUUUUCCUCCGUCAAACAAAAUGUCCACGUAUUUACGCAAAUUGCCAUCCUGAUUGGGCUGAGCAGUAGGGACGGGGGCUGGGGACGCUCAACGAAAUUGCCAUUUUUCUCCUUCUUCUUAUACCUGGUCGUUCUUAAAAAAUGGCGACUUACUUACGAAAGCUGCCAUCCAGAUCGGGCUGAGCGGGGCACUGGAAACGCUCUGCGGGCAGGCCUACGGCGCCAAGCUGUACCGGACGAUGGGCAUCUACCUGCAGGCGUCGAUGAUCACCGCCAUCGCCGUCUCCUGCAUCCUCGCCGUCGUCUGGUGGUUCUCGGAGUCCAUCCUCAUCGCCCUCCGCCAGGAGCCGGCGGUGGCGCACGCCGCCGCCGUGUACAUGCGACCGCUCAUCCCGGCGCUCUUCGCUUACGGGCUGCUCCAGUGCCUGCUGAGGUUCCUGCAGACGCAGUCCGCGGUGGCGCCGCUCGUCGUGUGCUCUGUGGGGCCGCUGGCACUGCACGUACUGAUCACCUACGUGCUGGUUCACCCGGCAGGGAUGGGGUUCGUCGGCGCCCCCUUGGCGGCGGCGGUGUCGCUGUGGAUUUCGUUCCUGAUGCUGGCCUCGUAUGUGAAGUACUCGAAGAGAUUCUCAGAGACCUGGCAGGGCUUCUCGACCGAGGCGUUCGAGCACGUCCUUCCCAGUAUGCGGUUGGCCAUCCCGUCAGCUGUUAUGGUCUGGUAUGCUCCUUCCCACUCCGCUCGAGCACACACACACGCAUGUUGCCUUCCGGAAUUUGUUUUAAACGUUCGACAAACCAGUGAUUUAGCCGAAGAAGAUACAAUCUCCUUUCCGAUCUAGCCGGUGAAUUGUCUCAGGAUUUUCCAAUUUAUAGCUUCUAUGGUUCUUCAAUAUUUCACUUUGUCCGUAUUCAAUGCACAACUCUGGCCUGAAAAUAUAAAAACUUAUUUAGCCAUUGUUUCAACUUUUAUACGAUGCCAAAUAGAACAAUUUUAGCCUAAAUUGUCAGCCGCUUCAACAGUUGUAACCGGUUUAGACCCACCAAUAUCUUUGAGGUUUUUCCUUUUUUUCAUUAUUUCUUUUAAAAAACGAACGAAACAUACAUUUAUUAGUAAGUUUUUGAUGUGUGAAAUUCAAUGAACCACAAGUUAUUAUUGGUGUUUCUCGAAGAAAUUAUCCUUAGUAAUAGAGGAAUAUAAUUUUGUUUGACGAGUGAUAUUACUCUUGCAGCUUGGAAUACUGGGCUUUUGAACUUCUUGUGUUAUUGGCUGGUCUGAUGCCCCGUUCAGAAUUGAGCACCUCACUAAUUGCAAUUUGGUAUGCCCAUUUUUAGCAAUCAAAUCAGAUCAUAAAAAUUCUUAAUAACUAGAGCAUAAAUAUUAACUUGAUAUUUUGGUGGAUUUCAGUGUUAACACAGAGGCUGUGUCAUUCAAUGUUACCUAUGGGUUUAGUGCUGCUGUGAGGUACGCAUAGUCACUUGUUCAUAAUUAUGAAUAUAAAUUAUAUUCAUAAUUAUGAUUCUAAUUUAUUUUUUUCCCCUUUUGUAGCACACGUGUGGCAAAUGAAUUGGGGGCAGGAAAUGUGGAAAAGGCAAAGAAUGCAGUUAGGGUGACAUUGAAGCUCUCAGUAAUUCUUGCAUUGACAAUUGUCCUUUUUUUGGUCUUUGGUCACAAUAUAUGGGCUAACUUGUUCAGUAGUAGCCCAGAUAUUAUUAGGGAGUUUGCCUACAUGACCCCGCUACUAUCACUUUCCAUACUACUAGACUCGGCACAGGGGAUUCUAUCAGGUGACUACCAUAGGAAAAAAGAUCCAUAGAUAGUACUGAUUUUUAAUAUCUUGCUAAUCAUGUGAAUAAUUGAUUCAGGUGUAGCAAGAGGAUGUGGUUGGCAACAUCUAGCAGCGUGGACCAACCUGGGAGCAUUCUAUGUGAUUGGGAUGCCAAUUGCACUUCUUCUUGGGUUUGUCCUAAAGUUCUAUUACAAGGUUGGUAAUCUUAGGUGUAUUUUGAGAUCUUAAAACUAGUUUUAACAACAUAUGGUUGACAAUUCAUUUUUUAUGGCUGAAACCUGUGAUUUAUAGCUAUUUUUAUAAGGCCGUGGACAUAGUCUUCAUACAUUAACAACCUAUCUAGUAUAGUGAUUCUUAAGGUGCCAUUAGAGUACUACACGUUCCAAGGAUUACUAAUAGUUUACAUUCAAUAUCUUUUUAUUUUCCCUUGGUUUAGAGAUACACAUGUAGUGUUUCAUUCAGUAAUGUGAGCCAAUUACAACCAGAUUAUUGAAGGAAUUGACAUUUACUUUGGGCACGUCUCAUGCAGGGACUCUGGAUGGGCUUGAUCUGUGGCUUGUUUUGCCAAGCUUGCACCCUCCUCAUCAUCACGCUGCGCACUAAUUGGUCAACCAUACACCUGUCCGUGGACAAAGAAAAACCUUUGCUAGUAUGA